AUGCCCAAGCGUGUGGGCAGCCAGGAUUCGCAUUCUUCUUCGCUUCCUUCGCUCUCGGAUCACGACUCGAUCAGCUCAGCCGCUUCCACCCACUCGACCUCUUCUACCAACUCUGGCUACUGGGCCCAUCCACCGCCCCAUACCCACUCAAUUGCUAUCGGCUUCCGUCCCCGCCCUGUCAACCUCAACGCCAACGCCAACGAUACAAAAGGGAUAAUGACUUCACAAGCUCCUCCUCUUGACCAGCACAGCGCCUCUCUUUCCUCGUCCUCGUCAUCUGGACCGCAGCGAUCUUCCACGAUCAAAGCAUCCAGUCAGCCAGCAUCCAGCACACUCCCCAGCAAUCACAGCAGCAUCAUCACCGCCCCUUCUCGAUCAAAGCUAGCUUCCCUGAACGCCAAAUUUGACCCCACCGAAGCAUCGACAUUGGCUUUACUCGACACAUCAUCCACCUCGCCGCCUCUUCUUCAUCCGCUUGUCUUUCCCAGCUCGACUGGCAGCACCAGCACCAGCACCAGCAACAGCAACAGCAACAGCAACGGCACCAGCAACAGCAACAGCAACAGCAGCAAGUACUCUACGGACAAGUCAGCACGGGCCUCUUUGGAUAGGAGAUUGCAAGACACAUACCUUGUUCUCGAUGAAGCAGCACCGCGACUCUCCAUGUCUUCCACUGGCAGUGGCUCCACUUGCGAGCUCGCCACCCCAGAAAACGCUCACCAAUCUUGGCCAUACGACCAUGUCGACCGCUCUCCAUUCUCAGCUCUCCAUUCAUCCUCUCCAUCGUCGUUGACACAGACACCGGACAAUCGCAAGGAUGCAUACUCGGCCAACCUGCAUAUGCACAACGAUGAGAUUAACCUGCGACCACCAUCUAGAGAAACAGAUGCCAGAUCUGUUAGCCUUGACAAGCUCGCCAUCCAGCGACCUGCCAAACUCGAGCGUCUCUCGUCUGCAGCUACCAAUGCUACAGCCAAGAACUCGGUCGGCUUUGACGAGUCGCCUCAGACCGCUACCCAGUCGCCGCGCUCCUUCCAGGCACCUGAUCUCGCAUCGCUUCGCAUCUCUUCGGGUGCUGCUGAUCCCAUCGCCUCGUACGACUCUUCUAGUCAGAUGUCCAAGUCGCCCAGCUUGAGUGCCCAUUUCCCCAGCCGUACUGGCAUGACUAGCCCAGACUCAUGGCGCUCCCUCUUGCCCGAGCACGAUCCAUACUUUGCAUCCGAAGGUCAACUGUCCGCAUCGCAACACGAGCGAUCUUCAUCUCCUCAAUGCUUGCAUCCAUCCAGUGGCGCUGCUUUCGAUAUUGACGCCUGUGUUGCCGCCAAGACAUCACCACGUGCUCCUAUCAACGAUCGCAUGUCUGCUUCCUCCUUUGACACGGCACGCACUUCGUUCAGCAGUGCCAUCAGUGGCUACUCGACCAUGUCCAUGUCUGUCGUCGUUGGUCCCAGCAAGCCUUGGAUGCAGUCGCAGGAUUCGGCUAGGUCGGACAGCUGGCGAAGCUUGUUGCCUGACGACGAUCGCUACCACGCUUCUCGACAUACUUGCACCGCUGCUCACCACCAUCAGCGAGAAGGCCUGCAAGCAUCACCAAGCUUGGCAUCGCCUUCACUCUCUGACUACUUGGACUCACCCGUCUCAUUCGAUGGCCACAAUCAUCGUUCGGCUUUCUUUGCAUUGCAAGCACCUCGAGCUACUGGCAUCACCUCUGCCAGCCAUCUAGAGUCGGCUGCUCGUCGUCACUCUAGCUUUUCGAGUAUCGACCCCAGCAACUCGUCUCAGUACGCGGCCACACGCAGUAUGCUCGCUUCCAUGAAGGACAACCUUGGAUCGUUCGGAUCAUCUAGCAUCUCUGCUUCCGAGAGCUUUGCAACCAGGGCUGCCGGUGACCUCUUGUCACUAAGCGCUACUCACUCGCUCGAUGCACCCAACAUGACUCCAGCACUCUCCAACUCGACCGAGGACGAUGACUCUGGGGAGAGGGAUAGCUGGCCUACCAGUCGAGGUGGUCGUUUUAGCUCGCCUGUCUCUUCGGGUCCCAUGACUCCCGAGGUCAGCCAAACAUGGCACUCCAAGUCUUCCUUGGCUCAACAGGCUGGUGGGAUUGCACGCGUCGACAGUCCUUCUCAUGCUUCACAGACGUCGGACAGCUUUGUCAAGACGACCCCGGAUGGAUUGUUGGCUACCACUACUACCACGACUUGCAAGACUACCACCAGCACCACAACCACCAGCACCACAACCACCAGCACCAGCACCACAACGCAGCUCCUGCCUGAAGCUGCUGCGGCAUCCAAGGCCAAGUCCGAAGUUGGGUUCGAAAAGGAGGCUGGUAUGCAUUCCACCCAGGAGGAUGGCGAGGAUGCUUACGAGGAUGUUGAGGGGAUGCAGAGUCAGCCAAUGAAGGCGCGCACCUCUUCCUGCAGUAUUUCCACACCCAUCAGCCCACCCUCUCUGCCAUUCUUGGAACGUCGACCUGCCCCACCCGAGACGGAUCUGGUCAUCGAAACGGAACGUACCAAGUAUAUCCUCAUCACCCGUCUGCCAGGUUUCUCGCUCGACUGCAUAACCCUCGCGACCAAACAGCAUAGCCAGCAUCGCACUCUCCACAUUGUCGCUGACAAAUGGGACACGGAAAGUGGGGGCCAUUUCGAACGUCGCAUCACCUUCCCAGAUAAAGAAUGCGAUCUGAAGAAUGUCAAGGCCGAGUUCGAUGGCAAUACGCUCAGGGUGUACGUGCCUCGUAACAGGUCGACUCCUAACAGAUUCAGCUCUGCUAGUAGUGCCACUUUCUAA